AGCCCUGAAGUAUAGCAUGUGAUCGGUCAGGUGCGUGCUCCUCUUCGUUGGGUGUUACUUCUUUCGAAUUGUCUGAGUUCGUAUCGAAGGGAAAUACUGAGUCCUGUAAUAACGGUAGAAUCAUGCAAGUGGAUAAGUCCCUUUCCAUUUAUGCAUUCGCACUUUUGCUCCUAUUUCAAAUCCAGAUUCCAGGCGUUAUAUCGGGCAAUACUGUCCCCGUAUUAAUGUGGGGUGGAGGAGCCCCCGAUCAUUUUAUAGGUAGCAGGAAUCCACUUCAAAAAACCCCACAGUAUGAAUUUGAAACAUUUAUGAAAAAAUCAGUGGCUAAAACGCAGCCACCGAUUCUCGUAUACGUCAAGGAUAAUCUCUGCGUAGAGGACCUUACGCAACAUAAGAAGGUUCUGCUUCAGUUAAAUGAUACAGGUUCAUUAAUAUACUUACCAGGCGUGGAUCUACCAAUGCUUGUUUUCGAAGAGCUAGAUUCAUACAAUUGGUCCUCCAAAGUCCCAGAUCAACCAGAAUCUCUUCCCAACAGAAACGUAUUCGUAACUCAUGUAGGGGACUUGGAUGCAGUUCCUGAAAACUUCAAAAUGAUCAAUGAAUCUACUCCAUCUGUACUUGCAGUGUUAACUGGCAAAUCAUGCAUUUACAGUCGUCCAGAUCGACGAAGAAGGUCGGUUGGUGCUGAAAAUUCAACAGACUUCAUUGUUUCUACCGACAGGGUUCUGCUAUACUCUAAAGAAGGACCUUACAUUAAGGUGCCAGAAUCGGAAGACUACAUUCAGUUAGGAAAACCAACUAAAGCAGAUUCUGAAGGUGAAGGAACAGCAGAGAAUCCACUACAGUUGAGGACUGUUUUUUCAGUCAACUCAUCCAGUGUGUCAACGAUACAACUUCAGUUUAUGUUUACCAUCGUUACUGCAGGUUAUUAUAAACUUGACUAUGUUAACUAUAAUUCUUCUGGAGCAUCUAAUGUUACCGUGCUGUCACCAAAGAGUGACAUAGUAUUUCCUUUCAAUUUUUCCUAUCACUGUUCACAAAACACAGUAUUCAUUAACAAGAGCGCAGUGCUUAAUAUUACUAAUCUACAAGUCCAAAUUGAUGCAACUAAGUUUAACGAUGCAUAUGAUUGUGUUGGAUUCACUACAAUUCCUAUUUGGACAGGGAUCUUUGUUACUAUCAUAUUAGCGACAAUUAUGAUUUGGGGGCUUAUUAUGAUAAUAGACAUUCAUACGAUGGAUCGAUUCGAUGAUCCCAAAGGGAAAACAAUCACCAUUUCCGCACAGGAAUAAUGUAUCAUAGAAAAUUUCAAAUUAUGAAAAAGUAUGUCAUGCGUGUAAAUAUACAGUCUGGAUUUUCAUAGACAAUACAUUCGAUGUACCAUGUUCUAUAAUUGUGGACUUUUGUAGUGCUCAUAAUCUACACCUAUUACGAUACAGUGGUAAUUCUAAGCCGUAUUUAUCUGGAAAUAGAUGAGAUUAAUGGAGUUCAUUAAAAACAUUUGAUUUAAUUAAUCCUUUUAAAUUGAAAUUGAGUGUUUUUGGUAAUAUAGAUAUUUUUUUAAUUUUAUUGCCACGUCAGUGAAUAAAGGGUGUAGCUGCAUAAGCACGUGGAAAAUGACUACACCAAAUUAAACAUUGUAUAAAUUAGUCUUAACUUUCUUUGCCACACUUCGAUUGCUUGUCCACUCAUAUUUUUGCUUCGCUUUAUUCGCGUUCGUGCUCAGUCGUGUACCCAGCUAUAUAAAUUUGUCAUGUUGAAAAGAUGAGUCGAAAAAGACAGCUUUUCGUCAUCUUUACGGUAGAUGUGCUAUCCGGGUUCAUACUGCAUGACUUUACCAUAAAAUUGUUUAACAAAAUAAUGUUUAUCCACUUGUGCACAAUGAUUAAUAGCACAAUGGUUUUGGAUCUCUCUGGAACACGUAGCGACAAGCAAAUUAAAUACUUACAGUUGGUCUACCUUCCCCUUAUCCACAUAAACUACCAUUUUCACUGAACUUCCAGCGUAUUCGAAUAGGCCAGUUAAAAAAGGCGAAAGAAUGAUAGGAGAAAUUUAACGACUAAUAAUGUGUUAACAUCGAUAAUAUUAACUGAGAGUAAUAAUACCAAGCGUGACAAGUUUGAAAUAUUGUGCAAUAUAAUUAUUGCAAUUUAUAAGUGUAACAUUCCAGAAUUAUAUUGCAUCCUGUAUUUGCUUCGAAUACGUAUGUAAAUGUUUAAGGUAUAUCCGAAAAGUGGAUAAACCUAACUACUCGGAUAAUAUGUGAACUAUCCAGUUCCAAGUAGAUAAAACUGAAUUGUGUUAUAUUAAAAACAUUGUUUUAUUUAUUAAUUUUAUAAAAGUCAAAGUAUAUUUGACAGUAAAGGAAUUGUCAACGUCACCGAAAAUUAUAGGCAUUUUUGUGAAGUAUAAAGUGUUGUGCAUGCUCGAUAUUAUUAUAUAAAAAGGAACCCAUUUCAGCUUUACUUAACCUAACCUAAACCAAAAUGUUAAGGGUAGGUUAGGUAAUAAAUCACAUUGAAAGUAUUACCAAAGUAUACCAGAAUCUUACUCGGAUAAAUCCUCAGAUUUCGUUUUAUUUCUAACCGAUACACGACUAUGCCGGUUAUAAAAUAUCCGGGCAAACUUAGGUUUAUCCCAUGGACAUAAGAAUAUAGGGAUUUACUAACGUUAUUUUUCAUUCUGAAAAUGUAAUGAUAAAAGAACGACGAUGUAUGUUAGAAUAUAUAUGAUUAUCUAUUGCUAUUAAUUGUACAGAAAACGAUUAAAAACCUAACCUAGACUACAAUAGUUACAGCUUUGGGUUUAAAUUUUAUUGUUUCUUUUUUUCGUUUUACUCUCAAUUCCUAUGUCCAUGGUUUAUUCUCAUUUUUGGCGUUACCUAUAAGAAUGUAUGUAAAUUAAACGAUAACAUUCACUGUGUAUAUGCUUAUAUUGCCCUCCUACAUAAUACUGGAUAAUUGCAAUAGUUUCAUGAGCUUUAAUAUCAGAAUGUUAAUUAUCAUUUAAAGCAAAAAUGUUGAACAAUUUUGCAGUUAUCCAGUAUAUGUAAUUUACAAACGUUCAUAUAAAUAUGUUAAUAAUUAUGAGUACAUAGAUGUAGCGUGUAUCGCAUAUUUAAUACGUGUUAUGAAAUAAACUAAGUCUGAAAUGAAA